GGAAAGGAGAGACCCAUUUACAAUUGCUCUUAUCGUUUCCUCUCAUGUGCUAAAGCGGCGAAUGUAUCGUUGUGUAAACUAGUAAACUUUCAAUGGAACCAACAACGGAAAAACACUCAGAUGUAGAAGGUUUAAAAACGACACUCCAUUAUGAUGUUGGAAAAAUAUGCAUGACAAUAGCCAAGAAACACAAUGUGACAUUCUCCAAGGAAUUCAUAGCUAUUCUUGCAAAACUCACCUACCGUCAGAUUGGUUCUUUUGCUGUUGAUCUGGAACAUUUUUCAAACCAUGCUAAAAGAUCAACAAUCAAUGCUGAAGAUGUAAAACUACUUGCUAGGAAAAAUAAAUUACUGUAUGAUCAUAUUAGUGGCAUGGAUGCUGAUGUAGUUAUAAAAGAAAAAACUAGCAAGAAAAGGAAGAAGAAAUCUGAUGAUUGACAGCCAAUUUUUUGUAAAUAAUUUGUUAUGACAGUCAAAUGCAUGCAAAAUAUACUAGCUAUGUUCUGUAAAUCCAUCUUUUUUUUCCCUGUGAAAUAUUUUAACUGCUCAACCAACAAAAAAUCCAUUGAAGACUUUUUUUUUUAAUAUUUUUCAGUAAAAUGUUUUAAAAAUACAUUCUUUGUUAUUUUUAUUUUUUUUCCUUUUUAAUUUUUUUAAAAAAACAUUAUUUAAAUAGUGUAAUAAUAAUUUGUUAUAAACUUUGAUCCUAAACUACAACAUUGGUCACAUUUCUUCUUUUAAGUUUGUAUGAUAUUCUGUUGAAUUAAGUAUUAUUUCUGUUAUUGCAAUUUAAUAAUAGAUAAUAGGCAGAAUCAAUGCUCAUUCAACUCUGUUGUGAACUUCAAAAAAUUCUUAGAUGUUUAACUGCUUACAUUAAUUCCACCUUCAGCAGUUUUUAAAAUACACCAUCACAUAUCUUAAAUUUUUCACUAAUUUCAGCUAACUGACUUGUCAACUCUUCUGCUUUAGGCAGGAUGCUCCUGUUUCUAUGUUCAAUUUUUAGCCUCCUGCCACCAGAAAAAUUUCUCCUGCUUUUUA